UGUAAGAAGAACAAAUUACAGCUCAUUAUUAGGGCCCAUGAAUGUGUCAUGCAUGGUUUUGAACGGUUUGCUCAGGGACAGUUGACAACCCUUUUUUCUGCAACGAACUAUUGUGGGACGGUGAACAAUGCUGGAGCUAUAUUGGUAGUUGGUAGGGGGUUGGUUGUGGUUCCAAAAUUAAUUCAUCCAUUACCACCACCACUUCAGUCUCCAGAGACAUCUCCUGCCAUUGACGACACGUGGAUGCAGGAGCUUAACAUUCAAAGACCACCAACUCCUACUUGUGGUCGACCCCAGCCUGAACUUGACCGGAGCUCACUUGCAUAUAUAUAAUGUUA